ACGACACGUAACCAGAGGGAGGUUGUCUGGAAUUUUUAAAGUAAAUUUCUCUAGCAGAAUGGAUUAUUUCGAGGAGCAAAGAGACGAGAUUGAUUCCUUAAAAGCGAUAUUUCCAGAUGAAUUUGCUGAAAUAAGCKUUCACCCUCCAUGUUUUAUGAUUCGUCUAGAUGAUCUGGAUCUUCAGGAAUCACCCGGAGUUGUACAAAUCAAAAUAUCAUUUCCUAGAAAUUAUCCUGAUAAUGAACCAUUGAUUGAAAUUCCUAAUCGUUCUGAAACAUUACCUAAAGAGAUAGUUAAUGAACUGAAAAGUCAUCUUGAUACACUAGCAAAGGAAUCGGUUGGAAUGGCUAUGGUUUUCAGUCUUGUCAAUGAAGCCAAAGAAUGGAUAAGUUCUAACAUUGAGAAGAUCAAGGCMGCCAAAUGCGUGGAGAAACCAGCCGAAGAAGAAGAUUCAACAGACGAMGAAGAAGAAUCCACUUUUAGUARCACAGUUUAUACAGAAAAGAGUGGAGGCCGUUGGGACUAUGUAAUUGGAUUAAUUGGCAAACCAUCAGCUGGGAAGUCUACAUUCUUUAAUGCAGCUACCAAGCAGAACUCAGCAAAGAUUGCUGCUCACCCAUUUACUACAAUUGAGCCAAAUAUUGGCAAAGGUUUCUACUCCAUUCCUUGCCCUUGUUCCUCUCUUCCAAAUAAAUGUCAGGCAAGGUUUGGACACGAUGCAAAGGGCUGGAGAUWCAUCCCUGUUUUAUUGAAAGAUGUUGYUGGCCUAGUUCCAGGAGCUUGCGAUGGCCGUGGAAAAGGAAACAAAUUUCUGAAUGACCUUCUUGAUGCAGAUGUUCUUAUUCAUGUUAUAGAUGUCUCUGGUGAGACAGAUGAAAAUGGUAAAGAGACAUCAGGUUAUUAUCCAACAUUGGAUGUAGAAUGGCUGUACAAUGAACUACACCAGUGGAUCUUCAACAACGUCAUGGCCAAGUGGGACCUUAUUUGCAAGAAACCUACAAAACUUAUGAACAUGUUCACUGGUUAUCAUGUAUCMAAACACCUGAUUCAAAGUGUCUUUGUAUCUCAGGGAGUCACAGAAAAGAAAAUGAAGGCUUUUUUCUCUCUUGGUAAAAACGAAUCUGAAACUCUAGUUCAUAACAUUGUGSGUGAAAUCCUCAAGGUCAGAUUUCCAAUAAUGCUUGCUUUGAAUAAAAUAGACUGCCCUGACUCUGCUAAGAAUAUUCGGAAUUUYCAGCAAAAGUACAAAGAUUUUGCAAUGGUUCCAAUCAGUGCCAAAAGUGAGUGUUURCUGCAMAUGUUGAAUAGACAAGGCAAUAUCAUGUACAAUGGGGGAGAAUCAGAAGUKUCUUUUCAACAACUAAAUAAURAAAAUCYUAUGGACAAUAUGGUAAAAAAUGAUGCUCAGUGGAUURAAGACCUUGUCUUGAAGCCCUAUGGAGGAACUGGUGUGUUGAGAGCRGUAUCAGAGGCAGUUYUACUUAGACCUCCAGAUUAUGCCUUUCCUGUGCGAUGUUUAGAAACACUUGAAGCCACAACCGGCACUACCACUAAAAAUGUGACCACACUUCAAGAUUGUGUUGUUUUGAAGAAGAACACGACAGUUGGAAAGCUCUUUGCUGUGCUUUGUCAUCCUCCAUUGGCAUUGUUUGCAGGAGAGUUUGUACGAGCAGAGUGUUUGGAUAAAACAGGCAAGAAAAGAGUGAUGCACAAAGAUGAAACUAUCAGCGAAGAAAAUCAAAUUGUCAAAAUCAUGAGCACAAAGAAAGGGACAUUUUCGUAUAAAUUGAAAUGAAAUAGAAUUACAAACAUAAAAUAAAUAGAAUCAUUUGAA